GAUUAAAUUAUUGAAAACAACCAACACGAUUAAAAAUUCAACAUAAAUUUAUUUUAUAUUCCACUAAAUACAUUAACAAAAUAAAAGAAGGACAAAUGGUAAAGAAUUGUAUGUACCGGGUGAGCGUUCCAAACAUCCCUUGACCGAUGGUUGGGUUGGUCGUACAAGUCGGUUGGAUCCAACGGUCCUUGCUUGAGAUAAUACCGUUGGUUGUAAAUAUCCACGUCCUCCCCAACCUACGAGAAAAUAACAACGAGGUUAGUACAUAGAUUAAUUAAAAAGCUUAUAACAACAACAAAAAUUAAACCAGAAUAAUGAGUACGUACCGCUUGAAAUUCAUCAACAUAAACUCCUUCUCCUUGCCACCAAUCGGCCAUUUUUUUCGGCGCAAUUCGGACAGAGCUUCGGCUCGGCUCGGCAGGUUUUGAGGAAAAAACCUAAGAAAUGUUUUCUGAUGGCAGAUCGGACUUAGCCGCAACCAACAGACCACUAUUUCCUAGGCUUAUGGGAGGGGAGGGUUUAGAGAGAUAAAUUGUAGAGAGAGAAGGAAGAAUGGGUUGUGGUGUGAAGAAAUGAGAGGGGAAGGGGGGGGGGGGUAUUUAUACCCAUCAGAUCGCACCCUCCAGGGGCGAUCGGGUAAUUUUGCCCUCGCGCGGAUUGCACUCUUCCAAUGCGAUUUGCGCUUCCCUAGGCGCGGAUUGCUCCAUUCCGAUGCGAUUUGUGCUUCCUUGGGCGCGGAUUGCUCCGCUGGCAAGCGAUCUGGAAUCCUCGGCGCGGAUCGCUCCGCUGGCAUGCGCUGAGCCGCCCGAUCGUCCCUCCAUCCAACGAUCUUGAAGAUCGUUCCGCAGCAGCACUAAAUCGCACUGACCUAUUGCGAUUUGUUAUAUGGAUUGCACCCCUCUGAUGCGUUUUAUAUGUAGAUCGCAUCUUUCCGGUGCGUUUUACUUGUAAAACGCAUCUUAGGGGUGCGUUCCAAAAAAAUUGGUGCUAGUUUUGUAAUUUUUUUUAUAUGGGUGCUAUUUUUGUAAUUUUCUUUUUAAAGGUGCUAUUAUUGGAAAAAUCCCACUAUCUAGAUGAUCCAUGUUAGGGGUGGUAAUCGGUUUCCCGGUUACCGGUUUAACCGAUAAUCGUACCGAUAACCGGGAUGUAUCGGUAUUCGGCAGCGUCUAAAAGGAUUUCGGUAUACCGGCUCCUCUGCCGGUAAAUAACGACGGUUUCCCGGUAUACCGAUACCGGCGUCGAGGGGUGGAGUGGAGAGACAGAAACCCUAACAAAUCGAUCGAUCCAACCACCCUUCUCCCUGUCCGACAGUAUCCCUUCGCUCGACUUCCUCCCCAAAUCUUCUACCUGUCCAACGCCAACGCCGCCUCCACCUCUCUACGACCUCGCCUUCCCUCUCCGACCCCGGCUCCCUCUCCACCGCUCUGCCUCCAUUCGACCCAGUUCGCGACCUCGCCUUCCAAGGAAGCGUCGCCGUCGAUUUGUUGUCGAAGAGCUGAAACAGAGGUUCAAUCUUUCCAGAUCUGGUGGGAGCGGCAGGAGCGAAGGGAGGGCUACGACGAGAUGACGACGAGAUGGUUGUCGCCUCACUCAUCUCCUCUUUCUCCUUGCCGCCGCUGAUUCGGGACUCGGAAAAGGCCACCAAUCAAGUUGGGGAUGCUCGAGACGGCGGAGGAACUGUCGUGUCGGCUGGAGAUCUGGAUCUGGAUCGAGAGAGGAAGGCGACGUCAGCGGUGGGCGGCGAUUGGAGUAGGGUUGGGGAGAUGAGAGGAAAUCGAGAAGGAGAGGAGGUCUGAGAAGGGUUGGGGAGAGGUGAACAAGAGAGAGAGGAGGGUUGGGGAGAGAGAGAGUCUGGUUGCGGGAAUGAGAAAGAGAGGAGAGGGUGGGUCUCCCGGUUAGUCGGUAUAACCGGUUUGUAACCGGUAACCGGGUAUUUGGUAACUGGUUAACCGGUUACAAAUCGAUAUCGGUAUUUGGUUGCUUCCACGUCGUGAACGGUAAAUCGAUAACCGAUUUGGUCGGUAACCGGGUCGGUAACCGGUUAAUCGGUUACCGACCGAUUACCACCCAUAAUCCAUGUUCCUCCCGUUACACCCUUUUCACUAGGGAAGGUAACAGAUAUUGCAUAUCAUUUAUUCUUUUCUAACUAGUUUGUCGAUACUCAUAUGCAUAUAAGAUUCGAGUAGUAAAUCAAAACCAUAAUUAUAUUCUUUGGGUUUCACUUAUUUAUGGAUAUCCAUGGCUAAUGUCUUUUUUAUCAUUUCAUCUUACGGUUACUGUUUAUGACUAUAUUCUCACUAUACAACUAAAAAUUACAAUUAUAAGUCACUAAUCUUAAGCAGAUCAAUAAAAAAAUAACAAAAAUUCAUUGGAAUAUUAUAUAUGCAUUGUGCAUGUCGAAUAAUUUGAGAGAGAUAAUAACAAUUUAUAGAAAAAUAUACAUAUACAUCUAUGAUCGAGCAUAGUAGGAAACUCAUGCUCGCCCAUUACCUAUAAUAUUCGUGCUUGAAUUUUAUCCAUACAACCGAACAAUUAAUUUAGCUCGAAUUUUACCCUAUCUUAUUAGUUGAUAUUUCACUACAAGAAAAAUGAUCUUUAGCGACAAAAAUUUGCGGCACAUAAAAUAAUUGCCUCCUAUAAUAUGAUAUAUGCGACUAAUAUAUUUUCUGCCUCUAAAAGUAAACUUAUUUGCCCCUAAAAUUAUUAUUGGUUUAAAUUUGAAUUUAAUUUAACAGGAAUAUUACAUAUAGCAGCACAUUUGUUGUAAUUGUCAUUUAAACUUUUGUCCCCUUAUCUAUGAGAAUGCGGAUAUUAUUUUUAUUUUUAUGUUUAUUUCUUUUGGAGGCAAAAAUUAUUUUGCCACUACAUCAACGUUUUUAGAGGCUAAAAUAAUGGUUGCGAUUGAUUCUUCAUUAAAAUAUAAAAUUAUACUUCAUUUAGGAAACAUAUAAAAUUUGCCUCCGAUUGUAUUUCAAAUACCUCCGAUUAGGUUUGCCCCCGUAUAAUUAUAUCUGCCUCCAAUUAUUAAAUAUUUUAUUAUAAUUUUGAAUUAAUUAAUGCUUAAUUAUCCUCAUACUUUUAAUUGUACUCUUAGUCUCUAACUCCCUCUACUAUUAAAAUAAUAGAUUCACCAUGAUGAGAGGAAAGACUUGAUCGUUUAGUGGGAAAAUGGGUACGGAUUGUAAGGGAUCGGAUUUAAUGUAUCUGUUGGUUAUUUAUUUAAUUAUUUAAGAGUUGAUUAGUUGCCCAAGUUAGUUUUUAGUUUCCCUAAAACGAAAACCCUAGUUCUUAAUUCUUAUAUUCUUCUUCUUGUAUUAAGGGCUUAUCAUUCCCAGCAUGGCUCCAAAAGCAAACUAGGAGCAGAGUCGUCGGUGACCUGAGCCGCAGCAUUAAGUGUUUAUCUUUCGUUCUCUUCAGAGUUCAGACGUUCACAACAGUGCAGUGAUGGAGAUCUGAUCUUAUCGCUCGUUAUAAAAAGUGGGGAGAAAGCAUAUCAUCAGUGCACAACGAUGACUGAAGCGGUGGGGAUUUAGAUUAUUUCAGAUCUGCACAACUAGUUCAAGUUACAUUCCAGGAAUGAUGAUGCAAGGCGGCAUGGAAAAGUUCUCGUUCUUUCUCGGGAGCUUCAGAUCAAGCUUGAUCAAUUUGGGUGUUGUGCAAUUGCAACUUUCUGUUGUGUAUCAACAUAUUCAUAAUUAAUAUAAAGAAAAGUUUGUUGAUUUA